AUGUUAGCUCACGAUUUCCUGAAAAAGGAUGAGCGCUCCUUUCGGCCAACUUCUUCAUCCAGAUCUGCCUGGUAUUUCAUAGCUCUUGUGGUGGCCAAAUUGCUGCGCUGCGUGGGGAUAUUCUUCAUCGACAUCUUGGCCAAAUCACUGCAUGUGGUCACCCUGUUGUGGUUGUUUAAAUUAGCGACAAGUGCAUUGUUAGUGCCUCUGCAGAAACCGUUUACGACCGGUAAAACGUUGCGGAAACCGACGUUAGCGCGAAUAGGAAAGUUGGCGUUAUGGAACUGCUUGAUAGAAGUAUUCUGGUUUUACGGGAUAACGUUUUGCGGGCCAUUGAGAUCUGUGCUGAUUUUCGAGCUUUCUCCAUCCGUCAUCUUGAUAGCCAUUGUUUCGUUCUUCAAGAACAAUUCCACAACGGCUAGAACAAGAGGGCUAUUUUUGUUGCUGGUCGGCUUUGUUGCAUUGAUGUUAAUGGACAAAGAUAGCUCGAUCGAGGAUGAGCAUAACAAGUCCCACGCGCAUCACUCUGGGCUGAACCACCUCUUCUACCACGUGAUCGGCAUGUUUGGUGUAGCUGAUCAUCAGGGCGGCGUCUUCAUCUUGAUUCUGGCCCUGUUGUUGCGGAUAGGCUACGACACCUCUUUCCGACAUCUAGCCGUCGAGUUGGGCGGCCCGAAGAAGCUGCAUUCCGUGGUCUCGCUCUUCUCGGCGGUCCUGUUGAUGCCGAUUGGUCUUCUACUCUUUUUGACAGGAACGUCUCAUGUUGAUGGCUGGGCGACGUUCCUGUUCUGGGUCUUUGUGGCCAGCGUGUUGGUGAUGGUAAUCGACUUUUACGCGGAGGCGCUUUGUUUCCAGCACGUUUCGGAUCCGGUGAUGGCCGCCGCCCGUUGGUCCCCGGUUACUAUGUUUACAUGCGCCCUGGCAUUGGCUUAUGCUUGGUAUUCUGGCCAAGCAACCCACGCGGUCACCGGUGGUGUUAUUGUUACAUUUGUCGCCUUUGUUCUUGGUACCAUAUCCCUAACUUCAUCAAAUACCCCGAAGUCCCGUGGUGGGCACUUUGUUGGACUGUCCGACUCGGGAACGCCCCUCUUCACCCAUGGCGAAGCGUUCCUGCAACGGACCGGCCGGAAUAUGAUGCUUUUCGUGAAGGAGACGCUACGCGAGAUUUUGGCCAACGGGGAUUCGCGGAGGAUCUUCUACUUCCUGUGCGUCAACCUGAGCUUUUGCGGCGUCGAGUUCCUGUAUGGCUUCUGGACGAACUCGCUGGGCUUGAUUUCGGACGGCUUCCACAUGUUGUUCGAUUGUUCAGCGCUGGUGAUGGGCCUUGUCGCUUCAGUUAUGGCCCGUUGGCAAGCGACGAAAAUUACACCUACGGCUUUGGACGCGUUGAGG